ACUCUUCUAUCUCACAUUAUUGCACACCAUGUACUAUCAAUAUUUAUUAAUUAAAAUCGAUAUCCACCUGGCCACAAAAAUACAAAAAAUAAUAAAAUACCAAUUCCUCCAUUACAUUUUCUCUCCAAAUAAAUAAAUAAAUAAAUUCCUCCAUUGCAUAUAUAUAUAAUUUCCACCAAUGGAUACCACUUACUUAUAACAUAUAAGAGUAAUUGUAGUAUAUAUCUUUCAAAAAUAAAUAAAUAAAUAAAUAAAAUUGUACAUAUCAUUGCAAAGAAAGAGCAUAGAAAUAAUAGUUGGAUUCUCUUGGAUUCACUCGUUUUGAUGAUACAUCAUACUGAACACACACCCUAUAUAUAGUGGCUCUACUUUCAUAUCUCAUAACAUUUAUUACAUAUAAAUAUAACCUUAUAUUUACGUAUAUUUAUAUACUCACUCUUAUAAUAUUUUUACACACACUAGAAAAAAAAUAAUAACAAUGGAAAAAAUGGUGGAGAAAAAAUCAAGAAAAAAAGGAGGAUUAAUCACAAUGCCCUUUAUCUUCUCAAAUGAAAUUUGUGAGAAGUUAGCAGUUGUGGGAUUCAAUGCAAAUAUGAUUAGUUACUUAACAACACAGCUUCAUAUGCCACUCACCAAAGCUGCUAACACUCUUACCAAUUUCGGCGGCACCGCCAGUUUGACACCCUUGAUCGGAGCUUUCGUGGCCGAUUCAUUCGCCGGCCGCUUCUGGACCAUCACUGUUGCUUCCAUCAUCUACCAAAUAGGAAUGAUUAGCUUAACACUAUCAGCAAUUCUUCCCCACUUAAGACCGCCACCGUGUAAAGGCGAAGAAGUGUGUAAAGAAGCCGAUUCGGGACAGGUGGCGAUUCUCUACAUGUCACUACUUCUAACGGCUCUCGGGUCGGGUGGGAUCCGACCCUGCGUGGUGGCAUUCGGGGCGGAUCAGUUCGACGAAAAUGACCCGAAACAAAACACCAAGACAUGGAAGUAUUUCAAUUGGUAUUAUUUUACUAUGGGGGCUUCCAUAUUGGUAGCUGUAACUGUCCUUGUUUAUGUCCAAGAUAAUGUUGGUUGGGGUUUGGGCCUUGGGAUCCCAACCAUAGCCAUGUUCUUAUCCAUUAUUGCUUUCAUAAUCGGGUACCCGCUUUACCGAAAUUUAGACCCGGCAGGGAGCCCGUUUACCCGGUUGGUACAAGUAUCUGUGGCUGCCUAUAAAAAGAGGAAAUUGGCUUUGGUUUCGGACUCUACUCAGCUUUACCAAAAUGAGGAACUUGAUGCUCUUAUUUCUAUUGAUGGAGAACUUGUUCACACUAAGCAAAUGAAGUUUUUGGACAAGGCAGCCAUAAUAACAGAAGAAGACAACGUAAAAUCCCCCAACCUAUGGAGAAUCAACACCGUCCAUCGUGUAGAAGAACUAAAGUCAAUAAUCAGAAUGGGCCCAAUAUGGGCCUCAGGAAUACUCCUGAUAACAGCUUACGCACAACAAGGAACCUUCUCACUCCAACAAGCCAAAACCAUGAAUAGACACCUCACCAAAUCAUUCGAAAUCCCAGCUGGCUCAAUGAGCGUCUUCACCAUAGUUACCAUGCUCUCCACCAUAGCAUUAUACGACGGCGUUUUAAUACGCGUGGCAAGAAAAUUCACUGGUCUAGACAGAGGAAUAACAUUCCUACAAAGAAUGGGAAUAGGUUUCCUAAUUUCAAUCAUAGCAACAUUAGUAGCCGGCUUCGUUGAAAUCAAGCGUAAAGCCGCGGCUUCGGCUCACGGAUUAGCCGAUUACCCAAAAACAACAAUUCCCAUCUCAGUUUUUUGGCUUGUACCACAAUAUAGUCUCCAUGGAAUAGCAGAGGCAUUUAUGUCAAUUGGGCACUUAGAAUUUUUCUAUGAUCAAGCCCCAGAAAGCAUGAGGAGUACAGCCACGGCUCUGUUUUGGACUUCGAUUUCGGCUGGGAAUUAUGUGAGUACUCUUUUGGUUACACUUAUACAUAAGUACACGGCUCGUUCUGAUGGCUCAAAUUGGCUUCCUAAUGAUAAUUUGAAUAAGGGUAAAUUAGAGUAUUUUUAUUGGUUACUUACUUUGUUACAAGUUGUGAAUUUGGUUUAUUAUAUUUGGUGUGCUAAAAUGUACACUUAUAAGCCAAUUCAAGUGAUUAAGAAGAAAAAUACUAGUGAGGAUUUGUCUAAAGAGAGUAAUGGGUUAGAGUUGGAAUUAGUUGCUAAUAGGGUUUGAUUAGUAGUUAAUGUGUUUGAUAAUUAAUAAUGAUGUGAGAUGAGUUUUACCUAAUUAGUUAUGUAGUGUUGUGUAGUUUGUAACUUCUAAGGGAAUAAUAAUAUUGUAGAAUGUAUAAAUUGGUAUAUAUAUGAAAAUAUAGAUUAGUAUUGGCAA